AUGGAGGGAGCAAAAGACGGAGGAAACAAAAUCCUGUUUGUCACAGUAGGGUCGCACAAAUUCGAUGAUCUAAUAAAGCAGAUCGACACGAAGGAUUUCCACAUCUUUCUCCGACGUCAAGGCUUCGCCAAAAUGACCAUGCAGAUAGGUGAGGGCACCUACGAACCGAAGUUAACCUACAGACAUAGCAGAAAUAAGGAGGACUUCCUUACGCGAGUGAAAUUCUUUCGAUACAAAAAGGACCUACAAAAGGAUCUUCAAAAGGCUGACCUCAUUUUAAGUCAUGCCGGAUCAGGCACCACCAUCGAAGGGUUACGCAUGAAGAAGAAAAUGCUAAUCGUGGUAAAUGACAAAUUAAAGGAUAAUCAUCAGCUGGCGUUUGCAAGAUUUUUACAUUCGCUCAAUUACUUGGAGCCGGAGCCCUUCCUGCGGGACCUGCGCGCGCUGAUGGAGGAAGCGAAGUAG